ACUCCAGAUCCAAUAGACAUUCAACAUGGACGCAAAAUUAUUGGUUGCAGUUGUCGGGGUAUGGGCCACAAUCACUUCUGGAGCACCAGUACCACAGAGUCCGCAAUCUAAUUCGCAAAGCUUUGUCCGAGGCGUCUUUAUAUCUUCAGACGCUUUGAAAGAACUUCAAGAUAAGGCCCAAGACCAACCGGCUACUAACGCGGUCGAUCUAAAUGGAAAUUUGAAACUAACAACGACCAAGUUAAACUCAAAUAUUGAUCCUGGAAGUUCUCUUCAAAGCCAGCCUAUAGUAGGAAACACGCCACCACUGGUUACAAGAUCUCAAACAAUUAUAGGAAAUCCUCAAAUUUCACCAGUCACACAACCGGUGACCAACUCUCAACAGCUAAUAGUGGAUUCAACGGCACAAUUAGUUUCUAAUACACAACCAAUACUGUCUAACCAACAAACAUCUACCGGAAUCCCGAAUAAUCAGAACCAAUAUUUAGUGAGCCAACAUUCAAAUCAGCCGAAUCAAAUUUUCGUGAGCCAACCAACAAAUCAGCCCAUUUUACUCGGCCAAAUCAAGCAGCCGUCAUCGAAUCUACCUGUUCUGAUUACUCAGUCACCUUCAGGUCAACAAAUGUUGGUUAAUCAACCUAGUCAACCCAUUUACUUAAGUCAACCAACCAACCAACCCAUUUACAUUAGUCAACCAUCCAAUGAACCGAUUUUACUCAAGUCGCAAGGCACUAACCAACAAAUACUAAUUAGACCAUCUAAUCAACCAACUUUAGUGUACCAAAACGGACAACCGACACUCAUUAACAACCCGGCGGGCGACCAGGUUACGUUAGUAGCCCAGUCACCAAAUACCGUGCAAAAUCCGGGUACAGUGUACGCUGUGGUGCCAGUAAAUAAUGAACAAAGUGUCCCUAACUUUAACGGCAACACUUACUUCGUGCCUUCAAACUCAAACCAAGUUUAUACUAUUAGUACCGGUAAAUAAGUGAGCUGUAAGUGUUGUACACUAAUUAUUGGAACCAUAUAAUAAUAUUCUAACAUUUUGAAACAUAUGACCACAGACUAUUAGAUGCUAACGCAUAAAACUAUACAAACGUAUAAAACUUUGUUUUUUUUUUAUUCGAAAUA